AUGCCAGUUGUAUGUGACGGGAAUGCGCAACGACAUAAUGCGCGAUCCGAGGACCGGGAGUUUGGGGCGCGGGCGUUUGCAGUGGUGGAGACUCUGCUGGAUCGGGGUUUGAUUGACGCGCAUCCGGUUAAGGUGCUGAAUGAAGGUCUGGAGGGGGUUAUUCGGGUAUGGUUCGUCGUGAGGCUGCGUCUGGUCAAAAGCUUGUGUAUACUGUCCCAUGGUCUGUAG